CCUUUGGCUUUGACAGCCGCCGCCACAAGUCUUUCCGCCUCCCCAGCCUGCCUAGGAGCUGGGAGCUGGAUGACGGUGGCCUGACCAGCACACGCAGCUGCGGGCGCCCAGAGCCCCUGCGCCUUGCCCCGCCGCCCGGCCAGCCCGAGGGCCGAGAAGCCAGCGGCCGCCGACCUGCCAUGCCCGCCCCUCCCAGCCGCCCGGGGGUGCCGAGAGGUCCUCUCCCAGACCGCUGCUGAGGCUGGGCGCCGCUGGCCAGAUGUAGCCGGCUUCGGCUCCGUCUCCUCCCCUCUCUCUCUGCGGAUUUCUCCUGCCCGAUCCCCACAGCCUGCACCGGGGGGCCGGCGAGGGGCCUGCAGGCUCCGGAGCCCUGAUGCCUCGCAGCUCACUGUCCUGAGCGGCCACCACCAGCACCCAGAGUUGAGGGCAGCAACAGGGCCGGACGUGGUCCCGGAGGGAGCCCAGAGGGCCCCGAAGGCCAGGCCCACCAUGGCCCAAGCACUGCCCUGGCUCCUGCUGUGGAUGGGCUCGGGAGUGCUGCCUGCCCACUGCACCCAGCCUGGCAUCCGGCUGCCCCUGCGAAGCGGGCUGGGGGCGCCCCCCCUGGGGCUGAGGCUGCCCCGGGAGACCUUGGAGGAGCCGGAGGAGCCUGGUCGGAGGGGCAGCUUUGUGGAGAUGGUGGACAACCUGAGGGGCAAGUCUGGUCAGGGCUACUACGUGGAGAUGACCGUGGGCAGCCCCCCGCAGACGCUCAACAUCCUGGUGGACACAGGCAGCAGUAACUUUGCAGUGGGGGCUGCCCCCCACCCUUUCCUGCAUCGCUACUACCAGAGGCAGCUGUCCAGCACAUACCGGGACCUCCGGAAGGGCGUCUAUGUGCCCUACACCCAGGGCAAGUGGGAGGGGGAGCUGGGCACCGACCUGGUGAGCAUCCCCCAUGGCCCCAACGUCACCGUGCGUGCCAACAUCGCUGCCAUCACUGAAUCAGACAAGUUCUUCAUCAAUGGCUCCAACUGGGAGGGCAUCCUGGGGCUGGCCUAUGCCGAGAUCGCCAGGCCCGAUGACUCCCUGGAGCCAUUCUUUGACUCCCUGGUAAAGCAGACCCACGUUCCCAACCUCUUCUCCCUGCAGCUCUGUGGUGCUGGCUUCCCCCUCAACCAGUCAGAAGUGCUGGCCUCAGUUGGAGGGAGCAUGAUCAUCGGAGGUAUCGACCACUCACUGUACACGGGCAGCCUCUGGUACACACCCAUCCGGCGGGAGUGGUACUACGAGGUCAUCAUUGUGCGGGUGGAGAUCAACGGGCAGGACCUGAAAAUGGACUGCAAGGAGUACAACUACGACAAGAGCAUCGUGGACAGUGGCACCACCAAUCUUCGUUUGCCCAAGAAAGUGUUUGAAGCUGCCGUCAAAUCCAUCAAGGCAGCCUCCUCGACGGAGAAGUUUCCGGAUGGGUUCUGGCUGGGGGAGCAGCUGGUAUGCUGGCAGGCAGGCACCACCCCUUGGAACAUUUUCCCAGUCAUCUCCCUCUACCUAAUGGGCGAGGUCACCAAUCAGUCCUUCCGCAUCACCAUCCUUCCACAGCAAUACCUGCGGCCAGUGGAAGACGUGGCCACGUCCCAAGACGACUGUUACAAGUUCGCCAUCUCACAGUCCUCCACGGGCACUGUGAUGGGAGCUGUGAUCAUGGAGGGCUUCUACGUCGUCUUUGAUCGGGCCCGAAAACGAAUUGGCUUUGCUGUCAGUGCCUGUCAUGUGCACGAUGAGUUCAGGACGGCAGCAGUGGAAGGCCCGUUUAUGACCCCAGACAUGGAAGACUGUGGCUACAACAUCCCACAGACAGACGAGUCCACCCUCAUGACCAUAGCCUACGUCAUGGCGGCCAUCUGCGCCCUCUUCAUGCUGCCACUCUGCCUCAUGGUGUGCCAGUGGCGUUGCCUGCGCUGCCUGCGCCAGCAACACGGUGACUUUGCCGACGACAUCUCCCUGCUGAAGUGAGGCGGCCCCGGGGCAGGAGACAGGGAUUCUCCUGGGCCGCACCUGCUGGCUCACUUUGGGCACGAGCAGGACGCACUGAUGGCACCGGUGGCCAGAGCACCUGAAGACCCUCACCUACCCACCAGAUGCCUCUGCCUUGACCGAAAAGAAGAGCAGGCACGGUGUGUUACAGGAAUGGCACCUGUAGGAAAUGGGAGAGGGAAGAAAGAAGCACUCUGGUGGCGGGAAUAUUCUUGGUCACCUCAAGCCUGAGUUGGGAAAUUCUUCAGCCUUGAACCUUUGCCCACCGUCCCUCUGGCUUCUCCAACCCGAAGUAUGAAGUAGUCUUCUCUUCUUAGUUCCAGAAGUAGUGGUAUCACAGCCAAGUCAACCCCGUGAGCGUGUCUCUGCCGUACCAUUGGCAAAGGGCCAACGUCGCUUCCCUGCUGACCAAAGCCAGUAGGAACGGAUGCACGGUUUGAGAUUUGCUUUAGUGACAGGGACUACAGAAACAAGCCUAACAUUGGUACAGAGAUUGCCUCGUGAAUUAAACAAAAAUGAGACUGAAUAUUUGUACAGAGGGGGCGGCUGGAGGAGGAGAGGAGAGGGAGCGCAAAGACAGGGAACGGCUGGGAUCAGAGCUAGAAAAGGCAGAACCAUGGCCACUCGCCGGUCCCAGUUUCAGACUGCAUCUCCAAGAUAGAAGCCCAUCUCGUAAGAUGGGUGUUGCUGCCCGAUGUUUUCUUUUCUGUGGUUGUAGCCUGACCGAAAGUGAGUUGGGAAGAAGGGCUUACCUAGCCAAAAAGCUCUUUUUAACUCUCUUAAAUGAGAAGUGCCCGCUAAGAAGUUCCAUCUAACAAAUGAAUUUCUACCUGAAUGAUUCCACUUGUCUCUACCUGAACCCUUUACUCCACACACGAUAGGUUAACACUGACACUUCCCACCCCCCACCCCCAGCCCCAGGUGCCCUAUGAGAAGCAACUGGAACACAGCAAAUAGAGCAGGGCCCGGCUCUGUCUUCCUGCUUACGUGUUCACCCCCACCCCCAAACCCCUAUUCCUCUGGAGCUCUGCAGCUGAGGUGCUAAGAGGGAUAGACAGGAGACCUCUCUUUCUUAACCCUUGAAAGCAGAAUCAUCAAGAUUCACUCGACAGGUACAGGGUUGAUGCCCUGGUGCCUCUGCCUGGAUUUCUUCCUGUUCAGCAGUUAAGUAGUAGUAAGAUCUCCACACGAUACAGAGCGUUAUCGCCUUCUCACCCUCUCUGAUGUCUCCUCCAUUAACUUGGCUAAGGCACCCCACAGGGGCACUAGUAUUACACCCAGUGUCAGAAACGCAGGGCUUUCUGGCUCUAGCAUCAUUGCCUUCGAGAACAAGGCUGCUAGAGAAAGGCUGCCGGCCUCAGGGCUUCCGUACUCUCUUCACCACCAGAGCCCCUCAGGGGAUGCCAUCCUUCUCCUCACUCCGAAUAGUACUUGGGUACCCAGGCUGGUUCUUGGGCUAGGUAGUGGGGACCAAGUUCAUGUCCUUCCGAUCAGUUCUAACACAGUCAACUCUGAUACCACUGUUAGUGGAAGACGUGAUUCUCCGCGUAUACCCACCGGGUCCUGUCGCUAGCUUGUCAACACAUUGCUUCCAGGGAUGGGACCUGCCGAGUGUGGAAUUACCUGAUGAGGGAAAGGGAAAUGCAAGGAGGGCCUCUGAAGACCCUGGCCUCGGCCAGCUGCCCACAAGCCAUAAACCAAUAAAACAAGAAUAUUGAAUCACAGUCCUUUAUCUGGGUUCUCUUCAUUCCCCUUGCACUUGGUGCUGCUUUGGCCGACUGGGAACACCCCUAACCACAAAGACUGUCAGGAAGACUGGAGAGUGUCCGUUUCCAGCUCGGAACUUACUGUGUAAAUAAACUUCCAGAAUUGCUACCAUGUAAUGAAAACACCACAUUCUGCUUUAUAAUUUCUGUCCAUGUUGGGGAAAACUGGCUUUUCCCCAGCUCUUUCCAGGGCAUAAUACUCAACCCCUUCAUUAGUUAAGUCCCACUGUCAUAUUUUUUUAAAAAAACUUGUACUUAUUUUUCUUUUUACAGUUACUUCCUGUCUACCCUGAAACUAUUAACUCUAAGUGUAAAAAAAAAAAAAAAAAAAAAAACUUGACAACAGCUUCUUGCUUGUAAAAAUAUGUAUUAUCUAUCUCUAUUUUUAGAGUCAACUCCUGAAAAGUGACUGUCCCAUCUCUACUCACUGCAUUAGAGGCCUUUCCCGCCAGUCUGCAUGGCUUCUACCCCUGCAGGCCAGGAGACAGAGGGAGAAGGGAGAACAAGGGUGGCCAGAACUUAAAUGUUGCUUUCUGAUUGAUCCCGAACAAGACAGAGAAAAGAGCAACACAGAGGCCCCAACUCUCGCACACAGCUCCCCCAAACAUUUGUCUUCCUACUAUAGUUGGCUUUCAAGGGGCUUUUACUAGGAAGCAGAUAAGCCCCCCUCCCACUUCUUCCUUUCUUCUAUGUUCCUUUGGCUUCAAAGAUCUGUGGAAAAGAGAAUAGUCUUUAUAUCCAUUCCUAAUUUCUAGAUUUUUAGGUAAUACUGAAAAAUAUUGCUAGUGGCCUAAAGGCUACUGCAAAGUUGAUGAGAGAGAAAACCUUCUGACUGCAAGAGAAAAGAAAUGAAUCCCCCCAAAUGAAAAGAACAAAGGAACUGGUCUUCCAUUUUGCCACAUUUCCGUUCAUGAUAGCUACCAAACUGGAGACAUUAAUAUUUCAUUAACCAAAGAAAGUGAGUCACCUGACCUCUACAGAGGGGAGAACUCAGGCCAUUUCAAUCACCCUACAAGAUGUCAAGGAGGUCCUGGGAAGUCCAGCUCCUGAAAAUGAUGCUAGUCAACAGGCUGAACAAGUGAGGCAAAAGAAGGGAAGGACUACGUCUAAGAGGCUGAUAGGCAAAGAUGAAGGACAAAGAAGGAAAAGAUCAAAAGCAGAGAGCAGGGAAUGUAACUUGGUCUGAAAGGGAAAGUCUUUGCUACCUGGAUAGUGCUGCCAGUGCCAGGAAGCAUUUCCAGGUCCCAGAACGGGAACAAUUCAGCUGUUGGUAAUACAAUGUCCUUUCCCUGGAGCUAGUGUUUUGUUUUUUUUUUUAACUAACACUUAGUUUUUCCUUGUUUAAUCCAAAAGAAAAGGAAGCUGAAGCCAUUUCCUGUAGGAGUAAAGAUAAAAGGAUAGGAAAAGAGUCAAAGCUCUCAUAGAUUCACAGCUUUCACAGGUGUAAUCCUAAACACCAGAAGUGCUCAAUAAGCAGAGGUGGGAAAGUGAUCUCGUUCUAGACAGCUACCUAUACAGAACAAAUGACUUCUAAACUUAAACUCCAACCCCCCUUCAUGUCACUUUGGCCUCCAUUUCUCCGAGGAUAGGAAACAUGUCCCCCAUAAUUUUCUUGCUUCAAAAAUUAAAAUCUGGCAUCCCAACAUCAUUCUGCAAGUAAUUUUGCACAGACAUCUCCUCACACCAGUGCCUGCCUAGAGCUCACCCAAGGUCACCAAACAACUUGGUUGUGAACCAACUGCCUUAACCUUCAGUGGGGAGGGGGACUAACUGACCAGGAGACCAGAAGUGAAGGGGAAGAGGUGAGGCCUUCACAAGGUUGGUCUGUCAGAGCUUGAUCGGAAGCCAAGUCAGUGGUAGCAAGGGAUGGCUUGGCCCAGGAAAGAUCUGUGGGCUGUGCUAGUUUCUAAACAGAGGACUAUCCAGGAAGUCAGAUGGACAGAAGCUUUCGGGGGGCAUGGGAGAAAUGGGACCCAAUUAUGUUGGUAUUCUUGGACUGUGAAUUUUGCUGAUGUAAAACAGACUAUUCUGUAAACCUAAUGUCUAUGUGCAAAUAAUGAGCGUUAACACAGUAAAAUAUUCAAUGAAAAUUCAAACUA